AUGCCACUGUUGUUAUUGUUGUUUUUCGGUGUUGUUGUUGUUGUUGCUGCUGCUGCUGUCUUCACCGGUCAUCUCACCACAAUUGUCGUUCUCUCACAGCAAUGUGAAAUCCAGUUUCUGCGAGCCAAAAUUACUGCCCUUCUGCCCGGCGAACCCAAACAGGUGACCACGGCGUGCAGGGAUUUUGAUGAGCUCAAGAGUUGAGGAACUGCUGAUCCAUCUCGGCCAGAUGUUGAUGAGGCCUUUAGCCACCUACCCAGAUCUGUGGAUGACGCUUCACGAUGGAAUCAGAACUUGCCUGAACGUCCAUACAACUGGGAUCAUCCGAAGUGGCUCGACGAUGCACGGCACGAUUGCCCCUCUGUAGUCAAGGACAAGAUUGUUUCUGCUCACCAGGACCUAUCUAGUGAGAAGUCCACACGUGUUAGCACCGCAAAGCCGGAUGCCUAUCUACAGCAG